UCAUUUCUCAUAAUGAGUAACUUCUCUGGUGACAAUUUGUGGUCAACCGCAAUCAUCAAUAAUUCCUUUUUGAAUCCGGAUCGGGUUUUGCAGUAAGAACUAUAACCGAGGAGGAGACCUCGGGGACCGUCCUGGGAAGGACGCUUCGUCGAGCCCGCCGUCGCACGUUUCGAGAGAGCCGCCUUUGCCGCGCCGGUAUAAAUGCGAAGACGCGGACGAAAAUCGUCUCAGUGUCGAGCGCGAAAAAAGCUGCGACGGUGCAGAGCUGCUGCCACGAUCCGCCGUUCUCGUCGACCUCCUGGCCAGAGCCACGUGCACGCACACGAGGAGGAGGAGGCAGAUAUUCCCGGCGACGUUCGACACCCGGAAACCGAAUCGCUGAACACUUAAAUGAUCAGUGUCCUCCGUCACAGCACACUCGGACUUCCGGCGUUUUAUUUCGUCCCCCCUGGACACCUCUUCGCGUCACCCUCGCGAACGAUUACAGCGAUCGGUUCGGCCUGCAAUUGUCGACGGAUCUCUCCUCGCGGACCUCCCUUUUCGCUCGCGUCCUCCCUAAUUUAUGAUCCGCAUCCACGACAUAAACGCGGAUAAGUGGGUUUCGAUAACAAGCUUCUUAGGAUGACUUGAAGGAGAGAAAGACAGAUUCUGUUUGUCAACACCGACAUGGAAGAGGAACGGCGCGAGGAUUGUGCAAGACAUUAGAGAGGAAUAUCCUUGCCAUUGCCGAUCCAGCCGAGAGUAGCUGAUAAUUGCAAGAAAGGCCGCGCGUUCCGGAGGUGCACGAUGAUUACGCGGUGGAAGCUCUGGUGGAAGAUCCUGCGCUCCGGUGACAAGAAUGGUAUCCUCGCGGGUCUGACCGCGCAUUUCGGCCAGAUUUCCGUGGGACUCUCUCAGGGAUACAGCGCGAUCCUGAUACCGAAGCUCCUCGAGACAAACUUCGCGGAUCAGUCGCAGGCCUCGUGGAUCGCAUCCCUCGGUGUCGUCUCGAAUCCCCUGGGUGCCCUCGUCGCCGGCAUCUGCGCCGAAUGCUUCGGCCGCAGGUCCGCGAUCACCCUGGCCACGCUGCCGCACGCCGUCGGCUGGCUGCUGAUCGCGUUAUCGAGGAACGUGCCGAUGUUGUACACCGGCAGAUUCGUCAGCGGUAUCGGCACCGGCAUGGCCAACGGACUCUAUCUCUACGUCAGCGAGGCGGCAGCGCCAGAUCAAAGAGCCUGGUUGACAAGCUGCGGACCAGUUCUAGUCUCCCUGGGCGUCUUAAUGGUGUAUACCCUGGGUGCCAUCACGACGUGGCAAAAGGCGGCCGCUAUCAGCAUCGGACCAGCAAUUCUGUCGCUCGCGUUGACACGGAUGCUACCGGAAACUCCCGCCUGGCUGGCCUCGAGGGGUCGAACGGACGAAGCCAAGGAGGCUCUUCUAUGGCUGCGAGGUCCCGGAUUGAACGUCGAUAAAGAAUUUCGAGAACUCUGCGAGACAAACGCGAAGCGGAAGGAGAAGAGGGAGAGUCUACCGCGGGCGCUGCACAAAUCCAACGUGUGGAAACCGUUUCUGAUACUCCUCGCCUUCUUCGCGCUCCAGCAGCUGUCCGGCAUCUACGUGAUUCUGUUUUACGCCGUGAGCGUGCUCGAGAACAUCGGCAUAGACGUGAAUGAGUACGCAGCUAGCGUCGGCAUGGGUGUCAUCAGGCUUUUCGCAUCGAUUCUCGGCGCCGGACUGGCCAACAGCUUCGGCAGGAAGAUCUUGGCCUUCGUCAGCGGUUUUGGAAUGGCCACCGCCGCCGUGGGAGUCGCUCUUUCCUUCAGAUUUGAGCUGCAAUCAUGGGUGCCGCUACUUUGCAUCGGGAUGCACGUGGGUACAUCUAUGAUCGGCUUCCUGACGUUACCAUGGGUCAUGACCUCGGAGUUGUACCCAUUGAGAUUCAGGGGUAGCCUGGGAGGUCUCACGACUAGCAUCGCACAGAUAUUAACAUUCGUCGCGAUCAAAAUGUACCCGGAUCUGCACGCCAUCGUCGGUCUCGAGUUCACGAUGUGGAUAUUCGGCGCGGCCGGCGUGCUGGGCGCGGUAUUCGCCCUAAUGAUACUGCCAGAGACCCGGGGACGCAGUCUCGACGACAUCGAGAUGAAGUUCUCCAGCAGGUCAAACGACGACGUCAGUAAGAUCUUCUCCAACGUGUGGACCCAGCCGAAGAACAUCAUCCUCCAGCGAUUCACGUCGAUCUCAGAGGAAAAGCAAUCUAAUAUCACGGCGAACGCGUAUAUCUACGACAACCUCUGCUUGGAGCUGUCCCCAGAGAAACUGGAGAAAGAUACCAAAGUCUUCGAAAAAGAAUCGGUUCGAGAUUUACGAAUCGUAACAGGUAUUGCGCUUGAACACGUGUGCGUUUAAUGUGAGCAAUUCGGAACAAUUUUUUAUAGAAAUAAUUUCUACACAAAAUUGCACCGUUUUAUGUCUAGAAUUAUUUAUUUAUUUUAUAUCAUUAACAAGCUGAAAGUUAUUUUUUAUUAUGACAUUAAUCAUUAAUGCCAUUUCGUAUCUGUCGUCGCCAAAUAUUUCUUCAGUAUUACGAACAUUCCUAGAAGAUAUCGAAGAUAUUAAAUUUAUGUUUUUAUACAUAUAAUAAUUAUUAGAAUAAUUAUGCACGAUUGUAUAUACUUUCAGAAAUGUUACAUGUAAAUGUUAUAAAUAAUUUUUACAUACUUUUUCAAACAAAUGUUGAUUUUAAUGACGCAUUUUUUUACAGAUUGAGACCAGUGUAUAUUUUUUAUUUGAUAAGAUGUAAAUAUUAAUUAAACAUAAUUUUAUUGUAUAACUUAAUACUAACCACGUGUAUUUGUGCAAAUAAAAAAUUUUAACCGUUUAUCAUAAUCAAAAA